UCAACAUGUAAAAAUUUCAUCAACAUCUCGCAUUAGCAGGAAAAAUAUUAAAAUUCUGUUUAAAUUACAAAAUUAGCGUUUGUAUCAUUAAAACAGUCCAUAAAUAUGAGUGAAAAUUCGCCAGCGGAGGAAGAGACAUCAGUAUCGACGGAAAUGCUUCCUCUAAACAUCAAAAUAAAGCAGGAAAAAAUCACCAGCUACGAGGACUCGAGCCGGUCGGAAACGGUGGACAAAUUAAUGAUAGACGUGAACCUGCCUAACCCAUUUGCCACCAGUAGUAGCUCAACAUCAGCACCGGAUGAUACGGCAGAAAAAGAAUCCAAAUGCGUGGAACCAUUGAAAUCGUCAAACGAAAUAUUGACGGAACUUUUCAAGGUAUUCAAUGCGGCUCCACCAGAAAUUAUCGAAGAUGAUUCUAACGAUGAGGCGGAGUCCUCGAAAAAGAAAAAGAAGAAACACAAGAAAAAAUCCAAGAAGAAAAAGAAAAGUGGAAGCGACUCAUCCUCGGGUUCCGAAAAUGGCAUAAACGAGGAAGAAAUUAAACGAAAGGUUAAGAAAAUUAAAAAGGAAAAAGAUAAAGAUAAAAGCAAAAAUAAGGAGAAACAUAAAAAGCACAAAGACAAGGAGAAGGAAAUCAAAACCGAAAAGCAUAAAGAACUUCGACCAUCUGGGAAGCCGGACGUGACUUCCGUGGUAGUCAAGAAAGAAACGUCUGGGGAUAGGUAUCAUUCUCGUGAAUCCAGCGGUGGCUCGAAGGAUUACUAUCACCACCACCACCAUCAUCAUCAUUAUCACAGUGAAUCGUACAACGAAUUCAACGUUCCUCACAUCAAAAAGGAGAAAGAUGAUCGUUUCUAUAAGGAUUCGUCCCGUGACGACAAGGAUAAGGAACGCGACAGAGCUCGCGAUCGAGACCGAGAAAGAGAGAAGGAACGAGAAAAGGAAAAAGAAGAUCUUACUAAAUCUAAGAAUAAAAUUCAAAUCAAAAGUCUGAAGGACAGUACUAUUUUCAAAGAAGUCGCCUCCAAAGAAAAAGAACGUGAGCGAGAGGAACGAGAACGGGAACGAGAUCGGGAUCGAAAUCGAUCUAGAUACCCGGAAAGGGAUCGAUCGCGCCCAAGAGAACUUCGUAAGCGACGUUCGGAUUCAGAAGAUUUCUCUCUAUCGGAGGAAGAACCGUACCGUUCGCAGGGACGGUAUUAUGAUUUCUACCAGAAACGAUACAAUUCAUUCUACGCCAGUUAUAAGGAAGAAGAGCAUAAUCGUGGUCGCAAACGUAGAAGGAGUGAAAGUCGCGAAAGACAUCACCGAUCUCGGUCCAAAUCUCGAUCACGCUCUCCACAAUUCGACAAACAAAAAUUGCUAGAAAUUGCUCGCAAAAAUGCAAUAACAAUGCUGAAAAAAGGAACCCUGCCUGGUGCCCAGGGACUAGAUAAAGAAUCGAAAGAAAAAUUAAUCAUGAAGAUGAAAUGUAGUGGCAAAAGCGUUGAAGAGCUGACUGAAUUUUGUAAAAAGAUUUCCGAUAAGGAAAACCUUAAUGAACUCUCAAGCGUGUCCUCGGACGACAGCGAGCAUGAGGCAGACGGUAGUUCCAAGGCUUUUCAUCAUCCUUUUCAGAUUAAGGAUCCUGGUCCCAUCGUAAUGAACAUUAAAAAUUCCAUCCCUCUGCAGCCAAAGACGGCUGAACAGUCCAAGGCCAUUAUGAUGCAGUUUCCCGUUUCAUCGGGAGCUCAGCAUCGUAAAAUGGAGAGCGAGUGGGUCCCGGUAGAACCGAAACCUGCUCAACCUAUUCCACCGGUCGCAGUGAUACGUCCGGAGAAAUUUUCUACUAAAGCAUCAACACCGUUGGCCAUUUGCGCUCCUCCUCAAGCCGAGCAACAGCCGGCCUACACUCCAGUCAAUCCUGUCCCUGGUCCUCAAAUGCUACCUCCCCCAGCGACUGUCGAACCAGGACCUUCAACAGCACCUGUACCACCUUAUAUGCCGGUUCCCAAUCUUGAAAAUCCUCCUCCGCCUAUAGCCUCUGCUUUACCAAUUCCAGCGACCAUCGAACCUCCACCGGUGCAAGUUUUCCCUGUUCAGCAAGAAAACAACAGUUUGGAUGUUUCCACUAUUAUUUCCAAUCGACUGAAUGCCAUGCGUAAACUACAGGAUAAUCCGGCAGAUGCCGAAGCCAUCAAACUGUUGUACAACACCCAGAAGGACAUGUCCGCAUGGGCCUCAUCCAAAUUCACUCCGGGACAAUUUUUAGGUUCUACCGGUGUUCAAUGCCUCAGUCACCGGGAACUUGCCGAAGGUUACCAACCGUGGGCGCGUAGGGAUACUCUUAAGCAGACGGCUCCCGUUUCGGGCGGAAUGGGCAUGCAUUUACUACAAAAAAUGGGAUGGGUACCAGGCGAGGGUCUCGGUAAAGAGAAAAAUGGAUCUCUGGAGCCACUGUUGUUGGACGUAAAACUGGACAAAAGGGGAUUGGUUGCUAGUGUUGAGGAACAGCAAAGGCAACAACACCAGAUACAGUUUCAGAUGCAUCAACAGCACAGUGGUCGUCGGGCUCGAUUCACGAACGUCAAAAUCAACACCGAUGGCAAACAUCCGGUAUCGAUCCUGGGCGAGUACUGCAGCAAACGGAAAUGGAUGCCGCCUCGGUACGAUAUGGUGCACGAGAGCGGCCCCGGGCAUGCAAAGAACUUUAUCUUCAAGGUAAUCGUCAACGGGUUAGAAUAUCAACCGGCAAUUGCCAACAACACCAAGAAAGAAGCCAAGGCCACAUCGGCCAAGUUUUGCCUGCAGCAGCUGGGUAUCCUGCAAUAAGUAUUUCUGAGGUAAGUAAUUAUGUGUGUCAGUCUUUGAAGAUAAAUUUUCAAUGUAAGUGCUGAUGAAUUAAACCGUACCUACCUAGAUUACUUACAACAAUAGCCUGAACGUUUCAUUACAUGAAAUCCGUAAAACGAGUAAAACUAUGAAAGUUUUAAUAAACUUUUACCUUCA